CCCUCUUCUUCUUGGAGAGAUUGAAAUGUGAAGAGAAAAAAAGGAAACAUUUCUCAAGAGUAUUAUACAACAACAAUGGGGUCAUCUGUGACAGUAGAAAAGAAAUGGGUAUUUCCCCUUGUCAUAACAUCUCUAAUGUGCAUUUUCCUCGUUGUAACCUCAUUCAACAUGGGUCUUGUUUCUUCCAUGAGAACCAUUAAUUCAAUCAUCUCUAUUUUUCCAUCUCAUAUUUCUGUUUUAGAAGAACAAGACAAACUCCCCCCUCUUCCUCCUCCUUCUCCUCCACCUCCACCGCCUCCUCCUGCAGCUCCUCCCCUUCCCCGUUUUGCUUACCUGGUUUCCGGUUCAAAGGGUGAUUUGGAAAAGCUAUGGAGAACUCUUAGAGCUCUUUAUCAUCCUAACAAUUACUAUGUCGUUCAUUUGGACCUUGAAUCAACUGUUGAUGAAAGAAUUGAACUUGAAUCCAGAGUUGAGAAAGAUCCGGUUUUUGCGAAAGUUGGAAACGUUUACAUGAAUUCAAAAGCCAACAUGGUUACUUAUAGAGGACCUACUAUGGUUGCUAAUACUCUUCAUGCUUGUGCCAUUCUUCUAAAGAGAAGUAAAGAUUGGGAUUGGUUCAUCAACCUAAGUGCUUCGGAUUAUCCCUUAGUCACACAAGACGAUCUUAUUUACACUUUCUCCAACUUAAGUCGAGACCUGAAUUUCAUCGAAUAUACAAGCGAUCUUGGAUGGAAAGCGGAUUACAGAGGCAAGCCAUUGAUAGUUGAUCCGGGGCUAUACGACACGAAAAAACAAGAUAUAUUUUGGGUGAAUCCUAAAAGAACAUUACCAACUGCUUUCAAACUGUUUACAGGUUCGGCUUGGAUGAUCCUAUCGCGGGCGUUUGUCGAAUAUUUGAUAUGGGGUUGGGACAAUCUUCCUAGAACACUACUCAUGUACUACACGAAUUUUUUGUCGUCUCCUGAGGGAUACUUUCAGACAGUUAUAUGUAACGCGCCUGAGUUUGCUCACACGGUGGUUAACCACGAUAUGCACUUCAUUACUUGGGACAAUCCUCCUACACAACAUCCUCGUGUACUUUCAUUGAAUGACACAGACUGGAUUUUAUCAAGUGGGGCUGCAUUUGCGCGAAAAUUUAAACAGGAUACUCCAAUAUUGGAUAAGAUUGAUAAGGAAUUGCUUAAAAGGAGAAAUGGAAGUUUCACACCUGGUGCUUGGUGUGCUGGGAAACCGAAAUGCUCGAGAGUGGUAGUAGGGACGAGUAUAGAGGUUAAACCGGGUAAAGGAGCUUCUAAGCUUCGUCGAUUGAUUAAUAGGUUGAUUUUGUCGCCCAAAUUUGCACAAAACCAAUGUAGGUAGUAGUAGUUAAGUUAUUUGUUGAGUUUAAUUGCAAUCAUCCUCAAUCAUUUUGCCUAGGGUUUAUGAGUUUAAUUACUGAGAAUAGACAAAUUAUUAACAUUUUGUUUAGUGGUUCGUUUUAGUAUAAACUCUUGUUAUAUAUU